CGAUAAUUUACCGAUUUUGUAUUUGCCGUUGUAUACUGUUGGCGGUAGUACGCAUUCGGAAACCUUUGGACUACUACACAAUGCGUUCUGAGCGCGCUAUACUUGUGACGUACUACAGAUGCUGAUGAUUAUAUAGCAGUCAAGUAUGAGUAUUCGGAUGCAGCCUGCUUGUGUAUAUAUAUAUAGAUGAUUUGCAACGGCGUCAGCAACUAACAUCUAUGGCCAACGUUGCCAGAUUGGGACAACAUAUUUCCCGCCCAAUCUGGCAAUACUGUCUAAAAGCAGAGAAUGUCUAAUAUGAGACGGGCUCUGCAAGGCACUUGUAUGUGUCGUCAUCAAUCUGCGCCGGGUGGAAAACGUGUGCAGUGGAGUAAAAAAAAAAAAGAGAAAGGCUGAAGUGUGUUUCCACGUGAAGAAGUGGAGACAUGGCGGCGCUACAAGAACCAGAAAUCCAGUUCGCUCAAAGAUUGGCUUCCAACGAGAAGCCGAUUCGAUCCAAGGCCAUAAAGAAGCUGAGGAAAUAUAUCAUCGUCAGGUCCCAUAAGAGUAAAGGUGGGUUUAGCAGUGAGGAGCUACUGAAGCUAUGGAAGGGGCUGUUCUACUGCCUGUGGAUGCAGGAUAAACCACUCCUACAGGAGGAGCUUUCAAAUCAGAUCUCAAGUCUGUUUCACUGCUUCCAAAGCGCAGAUGGCCAGUUUUUGUACCUGGAAGCCUUCCUGCAGACUGUCAAAAGAGAAUGGACUGGCAUCGACAGGUUACGAAUGGACAAGUUCUACCAACUGGUGCGUUUUGUAUUCAGGCAGACGUUUGAGAUGCUGAAGAAGAGGGAGUGGGAGGCCAGCUUGGUCAACAGAUUUUUGGAGAUGCUGACCUCCCAGGUGCUUCAGGGCAAUGGCACAGCACCUUCUGGCCUGCAGUACCACAUCCUGGACCUCUACCUGACGGAGCUGGCACGGGUCGGCUCAGACGAGCUCAGUGCCGAGCAAAAUCUCACCCUCAUCAUUCCCUACUGCAAAAUUGUGGCCAAAACCAAGGACAACACCCUGUUCAAGGCCAUCUGCAACAGCAUCUUCAGCACCAUCAUUGACCAGGCUCCCUUCGCCAUCGAGGACCUGUUCAGGGAGAUGAAGUCCGCUGAGCACUCGGACUCCGACUCUGGUCAUGCCGACCAAGAUGAUGAGGAGGAGGAAGAGAAGAUCAAGGGCCAACCUGUUGGAAAGAAAUCCAAAGAGAAACCAAAGGGGAAACGGCUCAAUGGAACUAAAUCAAAGGUAGACGACGAGGAGGAGGAGGAGGAUGAUGGUCAGUCGUCGGAGAUCUCGGACACGGAGCUUCCCGACGAUGAAGGAUCAGAACCUGUGCUGCAGUUUGACUACGCUGCCCUGGCAGACAAGCUGUUUGAGUUUGCAAGUCGAGGAAACUCCCCGAGCCACAACAGGCAAAGACUUUACAAAAUUAUCAAAAUACUGCGGGACCUGAGUGAAGGGGUCUUUCCUCAGGACGAUUACCCUGAGGAGGUCUCCACAGAUGAGGACGAUGAAAUGUUCGGCAGUAGGAAGAAGUUGAAGAGGAAGAGUCGUAGGCAGGAGGAUGAAGAAGAAGAAGAGGAGGAGGUCCCCACAGCGAAAAAGAAGAAAAAGAGCGGGAAGAAAACGGAGUCCAUCAACGGAGAGAACAAUCAGAACUCUGUGAAGGACGAUGUGGAACCCACUAAGAAGAAGAGGAAGAAGAAGAAAAAGAAGGCGGGCGGCGAUGCAGUUGAGGCCGCCGGGAUUGAGGCGAAGGUGGCCGCCGGGGUUGAGACGAAGGUUGCCGCCGGGGUUGAGGCGAAGGUGGCCGCCGGGGUUGAGGCGAAGGUGGCCGCCGGGGUUGAGGCGAAGGUGGCCGCCGGGGUUGAGGCGAAGGUGGCCCAGGUGGCAACACAGGCCGUCAAAGAAGACCCAUUAGAACAGUCUCCAGCUCCGGUGGAAGCAGCUGACCAAUUGGAUCCUCCGGCUACAGGGGACGGCGACAGCGAAUCUGUAAAAACCUCGUCCCAAAGAGGGAAGAAGAGGAAAAAGUCUAUCACUGCUGUGGAGCCAAAGAGCCAAGCAGGGGAGCAAUUGCUACCACCAGCAGCAGCAGCUCCCAAGGAGGGAGAAGGCGGUGUGGGGACCGACGAGCCAGGGUGCGCCCCUGCUGUUGAACCAACCACCUUGACCCACAAGAAUGAGGACAUUCUUGUUGUCGUGGCUGUUGCUGAGGAAGCGGAGGCCACACCCAUCCCGCUCGUUGAGACGGCGGUAGACUUGACAGCCGACAUGGUUGAAACUAAGCCGCCGAAAAAGGUGAAUAAACGUCGAUCACGCAAAUCCCUGACGACGCACACCCCGAUGGAGGAAGCCCAGACAGAAACCGCUGAAACCACGAUCCUGGAGGCUCCCGCGGAGACACCGGCCAAGAAGGCCGUGGAGACACCGGCCAAGAAGGCCGUGGAGACACCGGCCAAGAAGGCCGCGGAGACACCGGCCAAGAAGGCCGCGGAGACACCGGCCAAGAAGGCCGCGGAGACACCGGCCAAGAAGGCCGCGGAGACACCGGCCAAGAAGGCCGCGGAGACACCGGUGACACCGGCCGCGGUGACACCGGCCAAGAAGGCUGCGGUGACACCGGUGACACUGGCCGCGGUGACACCGGCCAAGAAGGCUGAGGUGACACCGGUGACACCGGCCAAGAAGGCUGCGGUGACACCGGCCAAGAAGGCUGCGGUGACACCGGCCACAUCGGCCAAGAAGGCCGCGGUGACACCGGCCAAGAAGAAGCAGAAGCAGAAGAUAUCAGCAGUAGGGGUCGAAGGUCAGGCGGAGAGUGAGGCUGUCGGCGACCCAAAGCAACCCACAAAAGACUUGGUGACUCCAAAAAAGAUCAAGAAAAACGCCAGCAAACAGGAAGCAGAAUCUCCCGCCGAUGACAUCAUUGAUGUCAUCACGCCGGCACCAAAGAGGAAGAAGAAGGUAAAGGCCUGCGUGAAAAAGGAGGCCUCUGAACCGACGGCAGCCGAACCCAGCCCGGACCAAAUGGCACCACUGGUCGCAGCAGCAACGACGGCCUCAAAGAAGAAACUGAAGAAGGAGAGAGCACCAGCCGAGGAAGUCGUAGAGGUCCAGGAGACUCCUGCGACCCCUCUGUCCCAGAAGAAGAAGAGGAAGAUCCCGGUGACGUUUGAGUUUGAGGCGGACGAGGUGGAGGUGGAGGCGGCCGGGAGCCUUAACGGCCUUGCCAGCAAGAAGAAGAGCAAGCUGCAGAAUGGUGCUGUGGAGACUCCCUCGACCCCUCUGAGCUCCACCAAGUCCCCCGGGAAGAAGCCCAAGAGCCCAGGCAAGGCACUCAUCAGCUUCCAGAAGAAGACCAUCAUCCCCGCGCCCCUCUUCUUUAAGACCAAGGGGACCCCCGGCAUGCCGCGCUCCAAGAAGCCCCAGACUCCAAAAUCAGAGGCCAAGAAGGUGACCUUUGGCCUCAAGAACAACAAGACAGCAGAGUUCAGGAAGUCAGACCGCAGCCUGCUGCUGAGCCCGGAGGGGCCGUCGCGAGUGCCUUUCGACCCCACACAGAAACCCAAGUUUGGGGUGUUGAAGAGUCCAGCUCCAACGUCUCCGAUGGUCUUCAGGAAGACCCCCAAACCCAGCAAGAAAUCCCCCAACGGUACCCCCAACCGGAGACCCACGGCCGACGACUUUUUCUAGGCUGUUGUACGGAUGUUUCUCUGUUCCCGGUGUAUACAUUCUAAACGAUAGAAAAAUUGUGUAUUAAGAUGACCUUGUUAACGUUUAUAAUGUCCUAUGCCUACAUUUUAAUAAAGCAUUUAUGUUCUGUUUUAUUGAACCUUUUUCUGUCCCUUUUUUAUUUUGUCACACACGAACUAAGUUAGCCAUUAUUAAAAAAAAAAAGGAACAAACA